UGGAUUUUCUCUGUAUCUUUUCUUAUCCUCAAAAUUCCUUUCCCGGAAGAAAAGUCUUUAGCUUCAAACUGAACAAAACCCUCUUCACAGAGAAAUGUUACAAAACCCCAAACUCCUCCAAAUCCAAUCCUCCCUUAAGCUCCAUUCUCUAAUACCACCAACACAUUUUCAAAGCAUACCCACUUGCCCUAUCAUCAAACAAUGUUGCAAGUUGUCUCGCAGAGAGCUUGCAAUUUUCAGCAAUUCUUCAUUGCUUCUUCUUCUCAGCUCUCAAUCUCUAGAACCAUUUAACCUGUCAAAAGCAAAAGCUGAAGAAAAUUUGCCAGGAACCAGUAAAAUUGAUCAGCCAGAAGAGAAAACAGGGACUAAUCCAAACUGCAGCAACCAAACUCCAACUAAGCAAGCAUUUCUUGAUAUAUCCGUUGAUGGAGAACCUGUUGGCCGCAUUAUUAUUGGAUUAUAUGGAGAGGGUGUCCCUGCUGGAGCUGCUAGGUUCAGUAAUCUUGUGAGUGGAGCUGCUGGUAUUAGCUACAGAAGAAAAGAGUUCAUCAAAAUCAUGCCAAACUAUGUGCAACAUGGUGGGGUGAGAUCUUAUGGUGUGGAUGCUGAGCUUGCAAGUAGAAAAGGAAGUAACUUGGCAGUUGAAAGCCUCGCAGAUGAAUGGGAGAGACAGAGUGAGUGUUCAGGGAUCAAGAAUUCGGCUGGGACUGUUAGCAUAAUUGUGAGGGAUCCAUUGAAACCUCCUCCAAAGUUGAAGUUGAUUGCAAGGAAUGGGAAGUUAGAGAUUGAUAAAGAAAAGGUGGGAACUGAUCCAAAUGGUACCGAAUUCGUGAUCGCCACUGGGGAUUCACCGGACCUGGAUGACUCAAUUCUGGUGAUUGGAAGAGUACUAGAAGGUAUGGAGGUUGUGGAGAGAAUUGGACGAGUGAAGACAGUCCAAGAGAACACUGGUUCCCCCUAUUUCAGAGUUGCAAAGCUUAUAGGAGACAAGAGGGCUGUUGUUGCAGAAAGAGGCUUUAACAGACCUUAUUCAAAGGUGAUUGUCACCAAUUGUGGCUUGAUGGAAUAACACCAAAUUCUUCUUGUAAUUUCCCCCCUGCCAAAAUCUCACAACAAUAUUUAAGAAUGCAAUCUGUCCUGCCAAUGUUACAGUUUAAUUCACAAAAUACUUUAGGUUGUAAAAUUUGAUGGCUGCUGCCAUGCCAAACCUAGUGAUACAACAGUCAACAAUUGCAUGGUAUGAAUACAUAAUUUCUAUGGUCACAGUACCUUGAUCAUGGAAAUGGGUGAAGGAGAUUUGUAGAAAGGCUAGAAUGCACUUUUGAUGAAAUAAAGCAGAUAAUGCUUGCUUCCAA